AAGCGGCCAGCUGUGUGCCACCGUACGGCGAUUUAAGAGGUUCACGUAUAAAGUCCCUCUCAUAAAAUCCUCAAAUCCAUUAUUUAUAUUUAUCUCCGAAUCAGUCAACUCACCUCACCAAAGCCCCAAACAAAUCCCGCAAUGUAAACGAAACCAUGAAACCUAUCAAGUCAAAAUAUCCUAGUGCUUUGGAAUUUUUCACGAAAAUUUACCUGUGCAGUGUUUGUGAGUUUGUGUGAAACGUAUUAACGGAGAGAUAAAAAGAGAGAGGUGAAAAACCGGACUUAUGGCUUGUGCGUGAGAAACGUGAAUAAUUUUUUUUUAUCAAAGUUUUCUUCGUUUUCCUCCAUUUCAUAUGUAUUUAGUUUUGUAUUUACCAUAUCUGGAUACACGGUGCGCGGGACACAAUGACAACGAGGGAGCUUUACGUCAAGGGUAGCAGAGUAUGGGUGCAGCAUCCAGAGAAGAUAUGGGAGGCGGCUGUUCUUCUCGAGUCAUUCAAGGACGGGGCAACCCUCCGGGUUCGUACAGAAGACUCCAACGAAGAGCGCACCCUUUCCAUAAAAUCCGACUCUGACCUACCCCCCCUGCGCAACCCCGACAUCCUCAUCGGUGAGAACAAUCUCACGUCUCUCUCCUUCCUCCACGAGCCGGCAGUUCUCUACAAUCUCCAGGUUCGUUUCCAGCGUCAUUCCAUCUACACAUACUGCGGUAUAGUCCUCGUAGCAUUCAAUCCAUACGACGAAUUACCAAUUUACGGAAAUGACACAAUAUGGGCAUAUCGGGGCCAAGCAAUGGGCGAUUUGGAGCCUCACAUAUUCGCUGUUGCCGAGGAGGCAUAUACAAAACUCGAACGGGAACUCCACGAUCAAUCAAUCAUCGUUUCCGGUGAGUCUGGAGCUGGUAAAACGGUUUCCGCAAAAUAUGCGAUGCGAUAUUUUGCCACUGUUGGUGGUUCUUCAACUGAAACCCAGAUUGAGAAAAAAGUUUUGGCAUCGUCACCGCUGAUGGAGGCCUUUGGCAAUGCCAAAACAACAAGAAACGACAACUCCUCGCGAUUUGGUAAAUUCAUUGAAAUUCAAUUCAAUAAGAGCUACAAUAUCUCAGGCGCCAGCAUACGAACGUACCUCCUCGAGAAAUCACGAGUUGUGUUCCAAGCGAAUGGUGAGAGAAACUACCACGUGUUCUAUCAACUCUGUGAUGCGGCUCGAUCAAAAACCUUUCAGAAUCGAUUGAAGGAUUUGCACCUGGAGAACGGUACUGACUUUCAUUAUCUGAAUCAAGGCAACAGCUUCUCCAUAGACGGUCUGGAUGACACUGCAAGCUUUCAGGACACUCUCGCUGCUCUCUCCCGUCUGAGUUUUGACGCCAAACAACAGGACGAAGUCUUUAGAAUUCUCGCGGCAAUUCUGCACCUUGGAAAUGUCCAGAUCAUCAACAAAAUCGAUAACCGUGAUGACUCCGGAAGGAAUGAAGAUUCCGAGGCAUGUGAUAUAUCAUCGAAGGACAAACAUCUGCUGAUUCUCGCUGAUCUAAUGGGCAUCGAUCCAAAAGCUAUGAGGAAAUGGCUGUGUCAUAGAAAAAUCGUUUCGAUGAGAGACGUCAUCCUCAAGCCCAUGAAUGCAGAACAAGCGAUUGGCGCGAGAGAUGCUUUAGCCAAACAUAUUUACGCUGAACUCUUCAACUUCAUUGUCAAUGGGAUCAAUGAGUCCUUGAGAACAAAGACAAAAGCUGGUUGUUUCAUUGGGGUUCUCGAUAUUUACGGUUUUGAAACCUUCGAGAUAAAUUCCUUCGAACAGUUCUGCAUAAAUUACGCGAAUGAGAAACUUCAGCAACAAUUCAAUCAGCAUGUCUUCAAACUGGAGCAGGAGGAGUAUCUGAAGGAAGAGAUCGAGUGGACGUUCAUUGAUUUCUACGAUAAUCAGCCGUGCAUCGACCUGAUCGAAACGAAGUUAGGAAUUUUAGAUCUGUUGGAUGAAGAGUGCAGAAUGCCGAGGGGUUCUGAUGACUCCUGGGCAGAGAAGCUCUAUACAAAAUGUAAUAAAUCGAAACAUUUUGAGAAACCGAGAUUUGGAACCAGUGCAUUUCUGAUCCAUCACUUCGCUGACUUAGUUACCUAUGAAACGGGAGGAUUUCUCGAUAAAAAUCGAGACACUGUUAUGGAGGAGCAAGUAGAUGUCUUGAGAUCAAGUGACAAUAAACUGUUGAAGCAGCUGUUCACGGAGGACUUUCCAAAACUGUCAGUUCCCAAUCAAUCCAAAGUGAAAAUCUCCACGCAGAAACCGGCAGCGCCUGUGAAUCCGAAACAGAAUAAAAAAACUGUUGGUUCUCAGUUUCGGGAUUCUCUGAACAUGUUGAUGGCGACUCUGAAUGCUACAACUCCUCAUUACGUGCGAUGUAUCAAGCCGAAUGACUCGAAAGAGUCCUUCGAGUACAACGCCGUCCGCGCGAUUCAGCAGCUGCGAGCUUGUGGAGUUCUGGAAACAAUCAGGAUAUCAGCAGCUGGUUUUCCAAGUCAGAGAACUUAUGGAGAAUUUUUCCAGCGGUAUCGCUGUCUCUGUCCCUUCAAGAAGAUUCGCAGAGAUGAUUUGAAAGAGACAUGCCGUAGAAUCCUGGAGAUCUACAUUAAAGAUGAGGAUAAAUUUAAGUUUGGAAAGACAAAAGUUUUGUUCAGAGCUGGACAAGUAGCGUAUCUGGAGAAAUUGAGAGGGGAGAAGCAGAGGGACGCUUGUGUGAUGAUUCAGAAGAUAGUUCGAGGCUUUAUCCAUAGAAAUCGGUACAAGAAGAUCAGGAGAUCGGUUUUGGGGCUCCAGAGGCAAGCGAGAGGGUGCUUGGCGAGGAAGAAGGCGCAGGAGAUCAGGCGGGUCCGAGCUGCUAUCAAGAUACAGAAGACAAUACGCGGGUGGUUGGCAAGGUCACGAUAUCAGAGGUUAAAGAGAACUAUUAUAAAACUGCAGACUUAUGCUAGAGGGUUGUUAGCUAGAAGGAAGUACCAAGGGAUGAAGGACAAUGCUGCUGCGUUAUUAAUUCAGAGGCUGGUCCGAGGUUAUCUAGUUCGAAGGGCUUGCAGGAAGAAAAUCAAAGAUAUUAUUGUGGUCCAGUGCUGUGUGAGAAAGUAUUUGGCUAGGAAAAUCUUCCGGCGGUUGAAGGCUGAAGCGAAGAGCGUGGAACAUGUUAAAACACUUAAUAAGGGGCUGGAGAACAAGAUAAUAUCUCUUCAGCACAAGAUUCAGGCGUUGAACGAGGAGAGCAAGGGACUGAAAGUCUUCCAGGGUGAAGCCAUUGAGCUUAAGUCGAAGUUAGAGGGGAUGAAGGCUGUGGAGGCUGAGAACAAGCGAUUGAUCUCGUUGUUGUCAGAGAAGGAGAAAGAACUGGAGAGGAUGGAGGGUGAUAUGAAACGGGAGCGGGAUGAGAAGAUGGAUUUGCUGAUGGAAAGGGAGAAAUUGUUGCAGGAGAAGGAGGAGGAGAAGAAAGUGCUGGCUGAGGAGUCUGCUAAGUUAAGGAGGGAGUUGUCAUUUGCACAUGAGAAGCUGAAGGUCAAUCAGAGGGGAGCAGAGGAGAAUCUCAAGAAUAGACUUGAGCAGGAGAAGGAUCUGCUGAUGAUGGAGCAGGAUCAGGAUCGGGGGGCUUAUCAGAGGCUUUUGAAAGAUUAUCAGGAGCUUGAGGAGCAGUUCGAGGCGAUGCAGAGGAAGUUCGUGCAUCAAAUUCCUGGACACUCGAGAUCACUAAGUAAUGCGUCGAGUGGAAGUGCCGGGGGACAUGCGGCCUCCACGGAUUUGGCACCUGAUGAUCAGAAUAUUGACUUUGGAUAUGGGUCGGUGAGAUCAACUAUAUCGUCCUCCACGCCGUAUUCUAGGGUGGAGACCAUUGAUUGGAGUCAGAGACGGUCCGACAGCCCACCGGAUGGGGAGGCUCAGCCUGUCAAGUCACCGCCUGAAGUCAAUGGAUCUGUCCAGCCGCCGCCUGUGGACAUCGGCUUGGUUCUUAAAUUACAGCAAAAGCUGAAGGAUGUGGAGAGCGCGAAUGGCAGACUUGUGAGAAUGGUGGAGGAUCUGGAGAGAGAUAGCCCGGAGGAGUCUUCCAGAACGCAAGAUACGUUUAGGUUGGAAGAACUUGAAAUGGAAAAUGCUCAAUUAAAGAAAGAUCUGAAUUCCUUGAGACGAACAGUCGCCGAGGCUGAUACACCGGCUGUUCAAAAGCACUUGAUGGGACAAUUCGAAGCACUGCAGGAGGAGCUGGAACGCCGAAGGGAGGAGUGCAUUCAACUCCACAGUGUUUUAGCUGAUAACACAAGAAGAAUGAAGAGCCUUGGCUCCAACUACGGCAGAGACGUAGACAUAAUAAACGAGGAUGGUGAACUGGUUCUGGCAUUCGAAGCGCAGAAGAAAAUAAAUCGACAAUUGGAGGACGAGUUGCAGGGAAAGGAAAAAGGCUGGCGCUCACAGAGGGACGAGUGGAGAAAUGAAAUUGAUCGUUUGCAGGAGGAAAUACAGAAGCAGCAGAAAUUAUUGUCAGUGAAUCUAAGUAAAACACCGCAGACACAGACUGAGGCAUUUAUGCAGCAUGAAAUAGCACGGCUUACAUCAGAGAACUUGGAUCUGCAGGAGAGGUACGAUAAAAUUGCAGAGGAGAAUCAUAAAUUGAAGAAGAAGUGUAGAAUACUUGCUAAACGACUUAAAGAUGCUGGAUACGAGGGAAACGAUAUGAAGGAUUUGGCAGAGCCACCGAAACCCCGGGCGUAUAUGAUUACGGGACCCGUGUCAGACAGCGUGGAAGUUCCCACGGAUCAAUCAACAGUCACCACACAAUCCUCCACCUCCAACGGUGCAAUAAUGCCAGCAAUUCGUAAGAAGGAACGCGACUACGAGGGAAUGUUCGAGUUCAAGAAGGAAGACAUUACAAUAGUAAUUCGUCAUCUCGUAAUUGAAUUAAAACCAAAAGUAGCUGUUACCCUUCUCCCUGGACUUCCUGCCUACAUUCUCUUCAUGUGCAUACGUCACACCGACUGCAUAAAUGACGACGACAAAGUAAGAACACUGCUCACUGGUUACCUCAAUGCUGUGAAAAAAGUGAUAAAGAAGAGAGAGGACUUUGACUCUUCAGUACUCUGGUUGAGCAAUACACUGAGAUUACUGCAUAAUAUGAAGCAGUACUCUGGUGACAAGCCUUUUCAGAUUGAAAAUACACCUAGACAGAAUGCCCAGUGUCUACGUAAUUUUGAUCUCAGUGAAUACAGAGUUGUAUUGAGCAAUGUGGCUCUGUGGAUAUUUAACAACAUCAUGACACUCCUCAAGGAGAGAAUUCAGGCGUUAACAGUACCUGCAUUGUUGGAGCAUGAAGCCAUCACUGGCCUCGACUCUAACAAACGAGGACUGGCAAGAUCAUGCUCCAUGGGAGAGGAGCCAGAAUCAACGCAGAAAAAAUUGGACAAACUCCUGGAUGAGCUCUCAGCUGUCCACAAGGCUCUGCAGUACCAUGGAAUCGAUCCUGAAAUUAUUGGUCAACUGUUCAAACAGUUGUUCUACUUCAUGUGUGCCAGUGCCCUCAAUAAUCUCCUACUGAGAAAUGAGUUGUGCCAUUGGACCAAAGGAAUGCAAAUCAGGUACAACAUGAGUCAUCUUGAGCAGUGGGCCCGGGAUCAGAAUCUACCCACUGCUGCUGAGGCUCUGCAACCCAUUAUCCAAGCUGCACAACUCCUUCAAGCUCGAAAAACUGAUGAGGAUGUUAAUUCUGUCUGCGAGAUGUGUAAUAAAUUGUCGGCUAAUCAGAUUGUCAAGAUUCUCAAUCUUUACACUCCUGCUGAUGAUUUUGAGACGAGGGUUCCUGUUAGUUUCAUCAAGAAGGUGCAGGCCAAGCUGGAACUCAGGAAGGAGAACAACGAACAACUGCUGAUGGACCUAAAGUUCUCAUAUCCCGUGAGAUUCCCGUUCAAUCCAGCAAAUAUUCGACUGGAAGACAUCGAAGUGCCCGAGGUUCUCAAUCUACCGAUGCUCAAGAAGGUCUAGAUGGAUUAAAUUAUUUUUCUUUGUCUAAUCAGUAAUGAAGCAAACCUAAAGUAUUCCAAAGUACCCGAUAAUCAAUUGCCCAUUUUUUGUACAGUCUUGCGUUUCUUAAAAUUUAUUUAUUACCUUAAUUAUUAAUCGAAUGGCGAUAAUUAUAAACAGAAUUGUUUCUUUUUCUGUUGUUCUUUUCUAUCUGUAGGUGAUUUUGUUUUUAGUUAAAGUAAAGAGUGGAGUAGAAUCAAUGUGAUUAAGCGAUAUUAAGUGCGAUUUGUAUAGUUUAUAAAUCGUGAAAACAAUAAAUUGAGCGACCAAUUGCGGAGAUAAUGAGCUAUUGUGGUGAAUUAGGUGAUUAGUCGUCGGCAUUGCAUUAUAUAGAUGAUGUAGCGAUGCACAUUCCAUUAUGCAAUCAAUAUUUGUAUUUUUUUUUCUCCAUUUUCAUGCAACGCGGUAACUCCCUUAGGACUAGUUUGCCUCAGGAGAUGCCUAUUCACGUGAUGGGAGAAUCAAUUAAUUACAUCGUGUGUAAUUAAUUAAUUGUACAAUAGAAUCAGUGGGAUGAAAAACUCAUCGAGUGAAAAAUUGUUAUCGUGCAAUGUUUAAAAUUGGCCACUGGAGAUGGAAUUAUUUUGUUACAUUAUACAAGAACGAUUGUGGCCAGAUCAAUAAAUAUAAUCGAAAUUAUAAGAUGUUGGAUCGUAAGAGAGAUUUAUGAUGUUAAUGUUAUCAACUGAGAGUGUAUAAAUCAAUGAGAAUGAACCGAAUGUUGUGCCAUUUACAAUUAUACAUAAUAUAACCCAUAUGAUUUAAAAGAUCAAUGUAUCAUUUGCAUUUACCUGCUCUCCUGGCUUUUCAUAGUUGCCUGGUAGUUUAUUUUCAACGAUGCACUGAGGUAAUUACUGUGACAUUCCCUGGAUGUAAAAGAAAUUCUUUGUUCAUCGCCAAACAUGAAAAAUAAAUUAAUGAAUUGUUGUCACGGAUAAUAUGUGUUAAUUGUUUUCCUCCUUUGUUCUUAAAUGGCUAUGAUAAAAUUAUUUUGACAACAUUAGUCAUCACUUUUCAAGGUCAUAUGGUGCAUUUGUGAAGAUGAUCGAUUAGUUCAUUGUCAUAAUCGUCAUUUCAACAAUUGAUAUCGUAAUAAUCAUGAAAAAAAAAAAUCCAAUAGAUAUUGGGUUAUCAUAGGAUACUAAUAAAAAAUAAAAAUUCUCAGUCAUUGGUUAUUUUAUUAAUACAACUUUUUAUUUGCCUUAUAAAUAAGCGUUUGAGUACCAUUUUCACAUGUCACAUUAGAUUGUAGUCUUUUCUGUGACGAAAAACGAUUAAAAAUUGUUUAAAUGUGAAUGAAGCGACUUGUAAAAAAAACGAAAA